AUGCCAUUUUACAGGGUAUAUGAUGCAAUCACUCCAACAAUCAGCCUGAGCGGCCCAACAAAUUUCGCUCCACUGAUUUAUCAGGCCAUCGAGAUUUGCGAACGAGUCCAGGAUUAUCAUAUAUUGGUAAUCGUAGCCGACGGGCAAGUGACGAACGAAAAAGCAACACGCAAGGCAAUUGUACAAGCUUGUCAGCAUCCACUUUCCAUCAUUGUUGUUGGUGUUGGCGACGGUCCCUGGGACAUGAUGAGGGUAUUUGAUGAAUCAUUGCCGAAAAGACCCUGGGACAAUUUCCAUUUUGUGGAGUUCCAUGAGCUGCUGCGAAAGGCCGACAGUACUGAUGCAGGAGAAUUGUCGUUUGCAGUACAAUCGCUGCUGGAGGUGCCCGAUCAGUACAACGUUAUUCGUCAGUUGGGAUUACUUCGUUCCGCACCGCCCAUAUCGAAUCCGUAG